AUGUUUACUAGAAAGAAAAAAGUUAUAAUAGCGUACUAUUUGUACAAAAAAAUGCAGCAGAAAGAAAAAAGAAAGAAAAAAAUGUGGGUACAUCCUAUUUUAUUGGAAAGAAAAAGUUAUGGAAUUUUCUACACUCUUUUUGAAGAUUUAAAGAAAGACGAAACAAAGUUUUUUAAUUUCUUUCGAAUGAGUCAAGUAACAUUUCAAAAAUUAUUAACAUUAGUACAAGAUAAAUUAAGGCAUGUUGAUACUGAAAUGCGUGAGUCUAUUACACCUGCUGAACGAUUGGCUGUUACCUUAAGGUAUGUAUGA